AUGGGUAUACCCAAGUUCUUCAGAUACAUCUCGGAGCGUUAUCCGUUGACCUCCCAACUGAUUCAAGAGAAUCACAUCCCUGAGUUUGACAAUCUUUACAUCGAUUUCAAUGGGAUCAUUCACAACUGUUCACAUCCUAACGACGGAGAUGCUCACUUCCGUUUAUCUGAGGAGCAGAUAUUUACGUCCAUUUUUGCAUACGUGGACCACCUGUUUAGCAAGAUAAAACCGAAGAAGCUGUUCUUCAUGGCUGUUGAUGGUGUUGCUCCGCGUGCGAAGAUGAACCAACAGCGGAGUCGAAGGUUCCGGACGGCGAAGGAGGCAAGGGAAGUGAAAGAGAAAGCCGAGAGCAAGGGGGAGAAGUUGCCGGAUACAAAGGCGUUUGAUAGCAAUUGCAUCACGCCAGGGACGGAGUUCAUGGCGAAGGUAUCGGAACAGCUUCGCUACUUCGUGAACAAGAAGAUUUCAGAAGACUCCAAUUGGCGGAACGUCACUGUUGUGUUGUCAGGCCACGACGUGCCGGGUGAAGGCGAGCACAAGAUUAUGGAGUACAUUCGGUUGUCGAGGGCACAGCCUGACUAUGAUCCUAACGUGCGGCACUGCCUGUAUGGACUCGAUGCGGAUCUUAUCAUGCUGGGCCUUCUGAGCCACGACCCUCAUUUCUGUUUGUUGCGUGAAGAGGUCAAGUUCGGACCCCAAAGGGGUAAAGGGAAGCAGAGCCUCGAGUCCAUUAAUUUUUAUUUGCUGCAUCUUACGCUUAUGCGUGAAUACCUUGAUCUGGAGUUCCACGACAUCGAACCAGUAUUGCCGUUUGAUUACAGUCUAGAGCAUGUCAUUGACGACUUCAUUCUGCUCGCUGUGUUCGUGGGCAACGAUUUCUUACCAAAUCUUCCUGAUCUCCACAUCCACGAGAACGGCUUGGAGAAGUUGUUCGACGUGUAUAAGAAAGCGCUGCCUUCACUAGAUGGAUACCUCAAUGAGAGUGGCGUCAUCAACACGAAAAGGUUGCAGGUAAUAUUAGACGAAAUGGCAGAGUGGGAACGAGAAGUAUUCGAGAAGGAGUACGCUGACUUGAAUUGGUACAAGGGCAAGCAAGCGAAACAUGUGAAGGAGAUGGAGUUGGCGCGCAAGCGUGCAAAAUUGGUUUUGACCAGGCCGCAACGCGAGAUCUUCGACAAGGUCAAGGGUUUCGUGUUGGAGCACAGAAGCCCGGCCUCCCCUGCGCAUGCGCGGAAGUCGCGUCUUGUGAUGCCGAACAUAUUUGCCGCUCGAGAGCGUCAGUUCAUCAGCACCCUCGCACAGGAUUUGCACCUCUCUUUGACGUGGGAUGAAUACGACGAGGAGGACCAGAAUUUGGUAACAUGGCGAUUCCCCGGUGAGUUGGAAGAGCCCCUUCCUGAAGGACAGAACGGGUCUAGCGGUGAGGGGACCCCAGAGACCGAAGACGACAACGAUGAGUGGGAAGACGAGGACGACGAGGAGAGCCGGGCUGCCGUUGACCGAGUACUGAACAAGUACGAGAAGGCGAAAGUGAUGAAAGACGACAAGGAGGGUGACUUCGACGCGCGUUAUGAGAUGUCGAUAAAAGACAAGAUGGAUGAGUGGAAGAGGGGCUAUUACAAGAGUAAACUGGAGAUAUCCUACGACAACCCGCAGGAGAUGCACGACCUUGGGUACCGUUACGUAGAAGGCAUGCAGUGGGUGAUGCAUUACUACUACAGCGGCGUGGCAUCGUGGAGUUGGUUCUACAACUACCAUUACGCUCCCCGCAUAUCAGACCUGCGAGGUGUGGAUCAGAUGACAUUCUCUUUUGAUCUGGGGAGACCGUUCCGACCGUUCGAACAGCUGAUGGGUGUCUUGCCCGCAGCCAGCAAAGAUAUUAUUCCCCCAGCGUACAGGGAUCUCAUGGAUGACCCAAAUUCGCCGAUCCUCGACUUCUACCCGGCAGAAUUUGAACAAGAUCUGAAUGGCAAGAAGCAAGAUUGGGAAGCCAUCGUGAAGAUUCCCUUCAUCGACGAGAGACGACUGCUGAAUGCAAUGGCUUCACGAGAACAUCGUCUCACGGUAGAGGAAAGGCGACGCAACGGGAUUGGAACAAGCACGAAGUUCACGUACAACCCUGGAGAACCCAUGGUGUACCCAUCAUCGUUGCCCGGAUUUUUACCUACUCUUCAACGCUGCACAUGCCUAAUGGAACCGUUCGACCUACCUACACUGGAUGGGCUCCACCUCGUCGAAGGGCUCUGCGACGGCGUGGUCCUCGGAGCAGAGGCACUAGCAGGCUUCCCAUCAGUGGAGACCCUCCCGCAUACGGCCGCGCUCGGCUACCACGGCGUAAACGUGCACGGGUCCGAGAGCCGCAACAAGUCGAUGGUGAUUCACGUCGAGAACGUGCACGAGCACCGCAAGGCGGAGGACAUCGCGCGGGAGAUGAUCGGUCAGCGGACGUUCGUAAGCUGGCCAUUCCUCCAGGAAGGCAUGGUCUGCGCCGUGUCUGACUCGCUAUUCAAAUACGAAAAGGCGGCGAUAAUCCCUGGCCGCCCACCAAAGGUCAUCUCCAACCCGCACUCGCCGCAGGGUGUCUCGUUGUGGAAGAGCAGAGCAGAUAGGAUCGAGCAGUUUUAUUCCAAGAGGUGCGGCGUGAUUACAGGCCAUAUUGAAGUGCUGGUCCACGUCAGGCCGCUCAAGGGACUCAAGCGCCUGGAUGAUGGUUCGUUCGUGAAAGACUACGAAGGCCCAGACAAGGAGACCGAGCAGGCAGUGCAGAUGACCGUGUCCGAAGUCGUCUCGGAAGAUCCUCGAUAUGUAGAGAAAGAUGCCCCUCCGUUGUCGGAAGACUUCCCCGAGGGCAGCAAAGUCUUCUUCCUUGGGGAGCAUGCCUAUGGCGUGGCAGCACAGGUCUCCGGGACGACCGCAGAUGCACUCUCUGUCGUUCUAGCUUUUUUUCCAUCUGAAAAGGCGGAGAACGACCAAUUUAAGAGCAUUGUGUACAACCGUCUGUCGAACAGGUACUAUCCGUCCUUCAAGGUCGCGGAUAUGGUCGGUCUCUCGGGGAGGGCGAUAUCGAAGAUCACGUCCAGCUUCAUGGUCCUCACCACCGACAACCAGAAGUGCAAUCUCGGGCUCAGCUUGAAGUUCGAAGCCAAGGGGUUGAAGGUGAUCGACUACUCGCGCAAAGAUGGCAGGUACUGGGAGUUCAGCGAGAAGGCGGUGAACUUGAUCCAGGAGUACAAGGAGAAGUACCCGGAGGUGAUGCGCACAUUGGACCGGGGGGGUGACGCGAUGGCCAAGGCGAGCGACGUGUUCCCCGGUCCCAAUGCGGAUGCAAAAUUGAAGGAAGUGCGGAGUUGGCUCUACACAAAGGGCAUCCGCGACUUCGAGCCCGUCUCGCUCUUCUGCGAUCAACUGAAGAAGGACACGGUCAAGGAGAUAGAAGGGCUUGCCGAUCACUUCGCCGCCAACAAGUCUGCGUCUGCUAUCAAGAAAGUCAUCGUGAAAGGCAUCCCACGGCAAGCUGUCCUCAAGCCCUCACAUGCAGUCUAUCGGCUGCAAAAUCAGCAUUUCGCACUGGGUGACCGGGUCACCAUGAUUCAGGAUUCUGGAGCGGUACCUCUGUCCAUCAAAGGCGUGGUGAUCGGGAUGAAUGCGAAGUCCAUGGAUGUCGUUUGGGAUACAGCGUUCAUGGCAGGAACGACUCUGGCAGACCGGUGCUCUGUGUACCGAGGGUCGACGGUCGAAUUCACGUCCUGUCUGAACUUGACUAAUCCUCAGUUCGUUGCUUCGACUAAUCCCAAGUCGCCGACACAGCAGAAGCCUAACACGCCGUUCAAGCCACGGUUCGGUCCUCAUCCCACUAUUCAGCCACCACCUGGUCAACAGGCAGCUUCUGGAUUCAGACCGGCGAAUGGCGGUCCGAUGCAAAUCAUGACGAACCCAAACCGAGGCAGAGGUGGAUUCGCCAAUGGACGCGGUGGCCCGCCUGUCAGCAACCCCGUGGUUCAGCUUCCCGCUCCGAAUGGGUAUGCCUCGCAAGCUGCACCGCAGCAAGCCAAUGGCUUCCAGACCAACGGCACACGAGGGAAGCCUCUGGUGCCCCGCGGUGGUUCUCCGAGAGGUGGUCCGCAUGGCCCUCCUGGUCCUCCCAGAGGAGGCUUCUUUCCGAACGUUCGCGGACGAGGAGGGCCUACUCACCCGACAGAGACGCGGUCGCGUGAACGCGUCGACGGCGCUUAUUCGAAUAAAAAAUUCGAUCGUAUACGUCCACUAUAUCCAGACACCUUUCACCUUUCUUUGCCGUUAGUACCCGAGAUUGGAAAAAGACAAGAGGUUGACAUGGCGGAAACCCACGAUCAAUUCGACACCAUUCUCAUUCUCGACUUUGGCUCACAGUACAGUCAUUUGAUCACACGAAGAUGUCGAGAGCUCAACGUCUACGCAGAGCUCAUGCCAUGUACACAAAAGAUUAAGGACCUCAAAUUCAAGCCUAAAGGCAUUAUUCUUUCCGGGUCUCCCUACUCUGUGUACGAUAAAGAUGCACCCCAUGCCGAUCCCAGUAUCUAUGUCUUGGGCUUACCGAUCCUGGGUAUAUGCUAUGGUCUCCAAGAGAUGGCAUGGAACAUGGACGGAAAGGUCUCCAAGUGUGACCAUCGCGAAUACGGCUUUGCUCAAGUGCAAAUUGUCAAAUCUGGAGAUAGCGCCACGGACGCUCUAUUCGAGGGUCUGGGGGACGAGAUGCAGGUGUGGAUGUCGCAUGGGGACCAGCUCUCACAGAUGCCCCCCAAUUUCCAUGUGAUCGGUCGCACUGAUAGCGCCCCAUACGCUGCCAUCACACACAACUCGAAACCAUUCUACGGCAUCCAAUUCCACCCAGAGGUAACACACUCGCCAAAGGGGAAGGAAGUGAUCGCCCGGUUUGUCCUCAACAUUUGCGGAUGCAAGACUCACUGGACUAUGGAGGAGUUCAUCGAGAAGGAGAUUGAGCGCAUCCGGAAGAUAUGUGGUCCCAAAGGGCGUGUCAUUGGAGCCGUCAGCGGUGGUGUGGACAGCACAGUCGCUGCAAAACUGAUGCACGAGGCCAUUGGGGAUAGAUUCCACGCCAUCAUGGUCGACAACGGCGUCCUGCGUCUCAACGAGGCGCAGCAAGUCCACGACAUGCUGAACAAAGCGCUCGGAGUGAAUCUGACCGUCGUCGACGCAUCUGACCUCUUCCUCUCCCGCCUCACGGGCGUGGAGGAACCCGAGCAGAAGCGGCAGAUCAUCGGGAACACGUUUAUCAACGUAUUCGAGGAGGAGGCGGCAAAGAUAGAGGCGGCCGCAGAGAAGGAGGAGGCGCAAGGCGGCGCAGUGAAGGGCAAGAUCGAGUGGCUGCUGCAGGGCACGCUUUAUCCCGACGUCAUCGAGAGCAUCAGUUUCAAGGGCCCGAGCGCGACCAUUAAGACGCACCAUAAUGUCGGCGGGCUGCUAAAAGAUAUGAAACUCAAACUAAUCGAACCCCUUCGGGAGCUGUUCAAAGACGAGGUGCGCGCACUGGGCCGUCUGCUGUCUAUACCGGACCACCUCGUUCAGCGCCAUCCGUUCCCCGGUCCUGGCUUGGCGAUUCGUAUCCUCGGCCCUGUCACGCGCGAACAGGUCAAGAUUCUCCAACACGCGGAUAGCAUUUACAUCGAGGAAAUCCGCAAAGCUGGGCUGUAUAACGAAAUCAGCCAGGCGUUUGCUGUCCUCCUCCCGGUCAAGGCUGUCGGCGUCAUGGGCGAUCAGCGCACGUACGAGCAGGUGAUCGCGCUCCGUGCUGUUCAGUCGGAGGAUUUCAUGACUGCAGAUUGGUAUGUCUUCCCAGCCGAAGUUCUCCGCAGGAUCUCCUCUCGCAUCACGAAUGAGGUCGCGGGCAUCAAUCGCGUGACAUACGAUAUCUCGUCCAAACCACCAAGUACUGUUGAGUGGUUAUGA